AUGACCACCAAUUCAUCUACCUCGAAAAAGACCUUAUACAACUCCAUGAAACCAAGUUGCUUCCCAGCGCAGGAGGCGUUUGACUUCAUGAAGUGGUACUGCACGACGGGCGCGGCGGGCGACUACGCCAGGGGCGAUUUGGAGGAGCCGUUCCUGGACCUGCACGACGAAAACGCGCUCGAGGACUUUGGCGGCUGCGCGGCGCGCUGCGUCGACCUGAGCCUACUAGCGGCCAUGACGCAUCUGAAGGUCCGGCUGCUGCGCGACGUGCAGAUGCUGGAUCGCAACGUGCGGAAGUACUCUGGUCCCAAUAACCCAGGCUACGAGAAAAAGAUGGAGUGGGUGCGCGAGGACGCCAUGAGCGAUGUCUUGUAUUCACGAAAAGACAUACUCGAUAGGUCAGACUAUGCCGAUCUGGUGGCUGACCUCCAAAACCAGGUCCGCGGGCUGUAUGAGCGGAUGAGGAAGGUGAAUAAGCAUUAUUGGCCCGCGCUAAAGCAGCCGGAACGCUAUGCUGGGAGGUCGCCGACUAUGUAUAGCCCUGGGUCGCCUGAGGAGGUCAUUGGGGCGUUUCGGCAUACUUGGUAUCUGUGGUCUGAGAGCCCGGCUGUGCUGGAUUUUGUCAAGAAUUACACUUGA